AUGCCAUUCUAUAUUUAUUUGCUUAGUGUUUCUUGUUUGGCUACAUAUUUAACAACCGUUUGCAGUUAUGGCACCAGAUGGCGCUUUGAAGUUGCCAGUAGUAGUAAAUUGAGAGCCAGAAUGAGUAAGAGCAGCUUGGAGGCAGCAGCAGAAGCUGCUGCUAGAGUCAAUGCUAUGUUGAUAGCAAAAGGAAAGCUCAAGCUCUCACCAUCUCAGAUAAAACCCAAAAUUGGAACAAAUAUUUCUGGCAGGGCAAAAGCGGUCGGAGACCUAGUGACGGCUGAAGUGGAUAUCAAUGAUGCUCCUCUCAGUGCUAGAAAUUUACUGACUAGGGGGCACACCCAAGAUGAAAUAUGCAAGUUAAGCGGAGCUGCAAUUUCAACUCGGGGGAGGUACAUGACACCCGAAGAGAGGCAAAAUAUUGCAACUCCCGAGUGUCGUCCUCUAUAUUUGAAUGUGCAAGCUUCGUCAUACGAUGCUAUAAAGAUUGCCGUAAGGAGAAUACAGGAGAUAAUCGAUCACCAUGUCCUCGCUUCUGGUGUACCUAAGAGUGCCACUGUGGGAGUUGUUACCUACCCCACAGCUUGUACAAAUGGUGCUGUUGGUUCUGCAAUGCCUGUUCAAACGAAUCAUGCUUCAUCAGGGACCCAUUUUGUACAAGACAAGGUUUUCAUAGGGCUAGAGCAAGCUCCACCAGAAUAUCCUGUUCGAGAAAAGAUACUGGGCCCUGGUGGUUCUUUUCUUCAACACAUACGUACUGAAACUGGAGCCACUGUGACACUGAGGGGCAAAGGUUCAGGUUUCAUUGAACCAACUUCUGGACGAGAAGCUUUUGAACCUCUUUAUAUUCAUAUUACGCAUCCAAAAAGUGAAGGCCUACAAGCAGCAAAGGCAUUGGCAAUAAACUUAGUUGAAACAGCUCAUGUCGAGUUUGCGCAGUGGCAGCAAACGCAACAGCAGUCUGUUCUCCAACCACUGACAUCCGUUAUGCUUCCUCAAGCGACGCAGGUUGCAUAUCAGAAUCAAGUUAUGGUGACUCCAGCCGUAUUGCCGGUCAACCCUGGAGCUCUUUCGACUGGAACUGGAGUUGUUGCCACUGGAAUACAAAUACCAGCACCUGUGUCUGCUGCACCUGGUGCAGCUCUCACUGCAGGAAUUCCGAGUUUGAUGCAUGCAAGUGUGCCAGCUCUUGUCUCUCCUGUAUCUGUGGUGUCCUCUGUUCCUGUGUCUGUACAGGGUAUUCCUUCUCCGACUGUCAUCACCUAUCCGACCUAUGUGGCCAACACAAAUUCCGUUAUAGCGAGACCAGCUGCUUCCGUUCUGGCUCGACCUGCAGCGCCUGCAGUCAGUAUAAUCGGGGUCAUGCCGACAAUGUCCGCCACGGCUGCUUACAGUGCCGCACGGCAGAGGCCUCCUUUUCAAGCCCAUCAGAUUGCAUUUUCUCAGCCUGUAGUUUAUGCGAAUGUGCCUGUAUCUCAAGCAAGUCUGACUCAGACUGCUGUUCCUCCUACCUCUGUGGUGAUGACAAUACCCGAAACAGCAACGUAUCCGUUGCCGUCUCAGUUUUCUCAUCCUCCUCCUCUCCACCAGAGGGAGUCAGACCUCCUCAAGCAUAGAUAUUACAAUAAUAGUAUGGGAGUCAGUUUGAUACCAACUUCCAAGACAGAAAUUUCACCCUGCUUGCAGGAGUCUAAUGUGAACCCUCCAACAGAGCUGCAGCCCAGGAAAGGAUCCACCAAACGUGCUCUUGAAGCUCAAGACAGAGACCUCAUGCCUCCCCCCGUCGCCCUUGCGUCAACUCCUUCGUCCAGUGGAAAGCAAGCUACCGAGAAGCCGUCUGUAGAAACAGAAGAACCUGUAAAGAAAAAAGCAAAAGGAGCUUUAGGUGGCAUAGCCUCUGUCUAUGGAUCGGAUGACUCAGAUGAGGAAGAGAAUGAGGAACCGGCUUCUGCAACAGCAAAACAACGAUAAUGACAUGACAUUUUAGUCCUUCAUCAUGUAUUGCAUCCAAAGCCUUUUACAAAUGGUAUGCAUGGUGUCGACGAACUAAGUCAGUGACUAUAAUAAUAAUGAAAUAAUUCUGUAAAUAUGAUAUUGCACAAGGAACGAGUUUAAAAAUUUAAAAACGAGUCUUAGAUAAGUGCCUUUGCUUUUUUCUGGAUGUAUAUAGUUGACUGCUUAUAACAAAUACAAUCCACUUUUUGUGGAUUGGCAAUGUAAAUACUGUAAAGAAAGCUGCUAGCUUCAGUUUACUGUAAUUUCUAAGCACAUUACAGUUCAAAUGUAUAAAGUAACAGCUAGUUCUGUUCGUCCUAACAAAUUAUCAUUCUUAAAUAAAUUUUUAUCUGAUUUUCACUCUUA